CCUCUGGGUCAGUUUGGUUUGGUUCGAAGCUGUGACUAGACGGUGGAGUCCCGCAAAACGAUGAAGCUCAUAGUGCUGCUGGUGUUAUUUCCUGGAACAUUCAUCGGCAUGGUGUCCUCUAGACGAAGGAUACAAUGUCGCCUGUUGCAACCGGUCGUACAAACGGAAACAACGACAUUGGCACCUCCAGUUCAUAUCAUAAACAGCACCGAGUUUGAGAUGAUUAUGGCGAAAUUAGAUGCGUUGGAUUUACGCCUUGUGAAGACAGAAUUUGCCCUUCAGAAUACGGUGCACACGAUUGCAAAUGAAGUUUCUAAUUUGGGCCAGGUGAUGGAGAAGCUGGCUUGGGUGGCCGGUCAAACCGAACUUUCUAGCAGUUUUGUGGAGCACCAUGUAAAGUUGAUCGAAUACAAUUUGACAGCCUUACAGAAGGAUGUCAGAGAUGUGCUAAGCGUUCAGCAACGGCUGCCGACGAGAAGCUACAUAGAGAAUGCAUUGGUGAAAUUGAGAUUUGUCCCAGCCCCAGCAGAGCCGAUGACUGAAGAAAAAGUUCAGAUGAUGGUGGAAACUAUGCAAUCGAUGAUGAUGGAUGAACCAAUCUACGAGUACUGCGACCAGCUGCCAGAGACUAGUAAAUCUGGUGUGUACAUCAUUCACCCGGAUGUAGAUUUCCGGGAGCCAAUGAAAGUGUUUUGUAAUCAAACUUUCAUGGCUGGUGGUUGGACAGUGAUUCAAAAUCGUUUCAAUGGAACAGUAAACUUUUAUCGCGAUUUUCAAGAGUACAAACGAGGAUUCGGUAAAAUGGAUGGUGGUGAGUUCUGGCUGGGGCUUGACCGAAUCCACCGAUUGACUUACUCCGCCCCGCACGAGUUAGUUAUAGUUCUGGAAGACUGGGAAGGUGUAUGGAAAUACGCCCGGUAUGAAAAUUUUGAGGUAGCUGGAGAGUAUGAAAAUUAUAAAAUAAAUAAAAUCGAUGGGUACUACGGAACAGCGGGAGACUCGAUGAACUACACCAUAAAUGGCUAUUUUACUACUUUCGACCAGGAUCAUGAUACAAAUGAGAAGGAAAACUGUGCCGUCAAGUAUCACGGCGCUUGGUGGUAUAAAGCGUGCCAUUCAAGCAGCAACCUAAAUGGGAAAUUCCUGCGAGGAAAUACUACCGAGUUUGGUGCUGGCAUGAACUGGAAUACGUUUCACGGGAUGAAUUAUGCGUUGAAAUCGUCUAUGAUUAUGAUCAGAAGGCGACUAGAUUUGAUUACGCUGGAUGCCCACCGCACACAUACGGUUUUCGAGAAUGCUACUAUAGAUGAAGGUGAUAAAGUAAAUUCUGUUGAAUAAAAUAAUGGUAUGUUGAUUAUUCUGAGAAUUAACCAUAACUGAUAAUAGAAGGCGGCAAAUACAAAUACAAAAGAAAGUGCGCCAUAUAUCACCGUAUUAGGUGCGAAAUUCGCUCUUUCAAGAAGUGUUUAAUUUGAAUCCUACCGACAUUAGAAUACGAGUGAGACUUUCGGCGAUGAUUAAUAUACUUGGUAUUCUGAAGCCGAAGUGGUAUAUUCCAAAUUUUAUUUGCUAAUUACUGUGGGUUGAAACAUAGGCAAACUUUUUGCUUCACACAGUCUGAAGCAAUAUUCUGCGGGGAAAGUCAGUACAUAAAUAAAAAGAUGAAGAUUAGAAGAGUAGUUUAGAAAUGAUUUGUGAACACCGCUUUUACAAUGUCUGAAAUGUGUAUGGAGAAAAUGAUUUUACUGCCAUCUCAACACUCGUAAAAGGUAAAAAUAUUGCACUCGGA